GUCUUUGGCAGAGUCGACAUGUACCAUGCUUCUUAUCGCGAAGUAACAAUCUUUUCUUUUUCUGCAUACCACACACCUUUGGAUUUCGUUAUCCAUGACCUGUUUGUACUUGAUAAUCCCAUGCUUCCCUAAUUACGUUUCACCUUCGCUGGUAAAAUUUUUUCCAUCUACAAAACUUCACCUUGCCUGCACCAAAACAAGUCUCACACAAACCUUCACCAAGCCUUCUUCUUUGCAUUGCCUCCCAAGCAGCAUGAGUUCUCUCACUGGACUUGCUCCACUUGAAGCUGUGCUCUUCGAUGUAGAUGGAACACUCUGUGAUUCUGAUCCACUCCACUACGAAGCUUUGCGUGAAAUGCUCCUGAAGAUUGGUUUUAAUGGAGGUGUUCCUAUAACGGAGGAAUUUUUUGUUGAAAAAUUUUCUGGCAAGAACAACAUCGAUGCUGCCUCAGUUCCCUUUCCUGAUGAUCCGGAACAAGGUUUGAAGUUUGUAGAAGAUAAGGAAGCCAUGUUCCAGAGAUUGGCGAGAGAGCAACUGAAGCCUGUGAAAGGCCUUGAAAAAGUGACGGCAUGGGUUGAAAAGCGUGGUCUGAAGAGAGCUGCAGUUACCAAUUCUCCAAGAGUAAAUGCAGAACUCAUGAUCUCAAAACUUGGUCUCUCGGACUUCUUUGAUGUUCUUAUUAUUGGUGAUGAAUGUGAACGUGGUAAACCUCAUCCCGACCCCUACUUGAAAGCUCUUGAAGUUCUGAAGGCAUCGAAGGAUCACACAUUUGUAUUUGAGGAUUCGUUUUCAGGAAUUACUGCUGGAGUGGCUGCUGGGAUGCCUGUUAUUGGCAUAGCUAUACGAAACCCAGAGGAUUUACUGAUGAAAGCAAAACCUGAUUUUCUGAUUAAGGAUUAUGAGGAUCCAAAGUUGUGGGCAGCUUUAGAAGAACUUGACAAGCCUGGUGCCGAGAAAUUGGAAAUUCUGGAUAAAAACAUUCAGCAAGGAGCUUGAUGGGCCAAAUUCUGAUGAGCCUUCAUGUCAGAAAAAAUAAAAGGCAAUUAUAAUUUAUGUGCGGGAAGGUUAUGUUUUGUAUGUGGCAAUAAAAUGUUGUUUCUACAUGUAUCAGUUAUUAUUUAAUCUAGGAAGAAUGUGGUUAUGGUUGGCUAGACAGCCAUGUUAUUAGACAAUAAAAGGUGUUUUAUUGGGAUUAAUUCUGCUGUCCACUUUGGUUGUCCAGAAUAACGAAUCUCGGUAGGUCUUUAGAUGAAUACAAGAAGUUGAUAAUGUAUUUUUUUAAUGAAUAAUCUUUUUGUUAUUAAAGUUAUUGAAGUACUAGAUAAACCAUAAGUUGUUACAGUCAAGGGUAGUCUCAGUCCUUGAGUAAUUCUGACUGGGAGUUGCUUAAAGAUGGAUAAUUUGGAUGUGGAUAUAUUAAGUUAUAUGUUGUAAUUAA